AAGCAGGAUGUCAUCAUCUUCAUCCGAUGAAUUGGAAGAAAGAUUAGACGAAGUUUUCGACGAUAUUUGCGAAGAUACAUUCAACGACAUUCUCGAGGCCCAAACCAAUAAGCAAAGCAAACAUGCUUAUAUAGAACGAAACCGUGAAGCAGGACACAACUGUUUAUGGAAUGACUACUUCACCGAAAAUCCGACAUAUGAGGCACAAUUUUUCAGAUGCUGUUUCCGUAUGAACAAGGAAUUAUUCAUGCGUAUUGUCUAUGGCCUCUCACAGAACGUUCCAUUCUUUCAACAAAGAAGAGAUGCUACCUAGAGGCUUGGUCUUUAUCCACUACAAAAAUGUACGGCAGCAAUUUGUAUGCUUGCUUAUGGUUCUGCGGCUGACGCGGUAGACGAAUAUCUCCUGUUUACAUUAUUUCACUGACGGAAUAAUACAGUUAUUUGGAGAUGAGUAUCUACGAAGACCCACAGCAGAGGAUCUUCAGCGACUACUCGAUAUUGGAGAGACACGCGGGUUUCCUGGGAUGGUUGGGAGCAUUGACUGUAUGCAUUGGGAGUGGAAAAAUUGCCCAACCUCUUGGAAAGGACAGUACGCAUGUGGAUCAAGCAAACCGACAAUUGUCUUAGAGGCUGUAGCUUCACAAGAUUUUUGGAUAUGACACGCUUUUUUUGGUACUCUAGGUACCUUAAACGAUAUUAAUGUCCUUGAUUGGUCUCAUGUUUUUGAUGACAUUAUAGAAGGUCGAGCUCCAAGGUUAGAGUAUGUAGUCAACGGACACAAGUAUAAGUUCGCUUACUACCUCAUAGACGGUAUAUAUCCAAAAUGGUCAACAUUUAUCCAAUCUAUCACACUUCCUCAAGGUCCUAAAGCAAACUUAUUUGCUAAAGUUCAAGAAGCAGCCCGAAAAGAUGUGGAGCGGGCUUUUGGAGUAUUGCAAGCUCGAUUUGCGAUUGUCAAAAACCCGGCUCUUACAUGGGACAAAGAAAAGAUAGCGAAGAUUAUGCGAGCAUGUAUCAUACUACACAAUAUGAUAGUCGAAAAUGAACGCAAUGGAUAUGCUCGUAUCGACAUAUCGAAAUUUGAAGAAGGAAACGUCACCAGAAGUUCACAGGUGGAAACCGAAACCGACAUGCCUACAAAUCUCAAUAACAUAUUUGUCAAUAAGAAUCAAAAAGAUCUUCGGGAUAGGCGUAUACAUGAACAAUUGAAAAAAAAGAUUUAAUUGAGCAUAUUUGGAACAAAUUUGGUGAUGAAAAUUAAUAAUUAUUGUAUCUUUGAGUUUAAUUAUUGUAUCUUUUUUUUUCCAUCAUGCAAUAAAUAAAAAAUAAAUUUCAAUUUAAAAAAAAAAAAAAAUUUAUUCCUAAGGACUCCUAAUUGGGGAUCACCAUUAGACACAUUAUUUUGACUAGAGUCCUUAACUAUUCAAAAAAAAAAUUAUUAAACUAAUCCUAAGGACUCCUCCCACAAAUCCACCAUUGUGGAUGCUCUAAGAGCAUGAUUAUCCGGGGUCCUUAGUGAGGUUCUUAGUGCAUGGGUCCCCACAAAACCUUUAAAAAUCGGUUAUAAAAACUACUAAUUAAGAACCGAUUUUAGUAAGUUUCUUACACUGUUCACGGGUCCUACUGAUUCGUGGCGAUCCGCGAUUGGUUUACUUUUAAAAUUUUUUUUUUUUUUAGAAAAAGAAAACCUAAAAAACCCAAAUGGAUUUCUUAGGGAUAAAGAUGGCCUAAGAUCCUUGAAAAAAGGUGAGCAUUCAACCAUAUAGCAAUAUGGUGAGAGACAUGAAAAUCUAUUUGCUCUACUCAUUAAACAUCAUAGUCAUAGAUCCAUUGUACAAAGCGAAAAGGUUUUUUUCUGCAAACUACGUACACACUCGGAAUCAGGGCGAAUCUUUUAACAUAUUAUUAGAGAGAUUUUAAUGAGUAUAUAAUAAAAUAAAACCAAAAAAACCACAAAUUCAUGAAACUAGGGGACAAACUAAAAAAAAAAAAAAUCAAUGUGCGCACUUUUUUUUUUAAUGUGUCACCGCAAAAAAAUAGAUUCUAUAAUAGUGUGUAAGAUAACAUGCUUAGUCCAAUAAUCCUACAAUUAGGCCAGAGACGGAUCGGGUAUCCGGAUCCGGAUCUUUAUUAGACAGAUCAAUAAUUUUACUAUCUUUAUCCGGAUCCGGAGUUCUCGGAUAUUCCAAUGUCGGAUAUCUUUCUAAAAAUUGUAAUAUCCGACGGAUAUCCGGAUCUGGAUUUGAAUCCUUAAAAUAAAUAAAAAUAAUAUUAAUAUAUAAAAAUAUUUAAAAUAAUUUAAAAAUAAAAAAUAAUCUAAUGUUUUUAAUUAUUUCUAUGUAUAGUAUUACAAAAUUUACUAAUAUUACAAAAUUUACAUAUACUAUUAUAAAAAAUAAAAUAUAUUAAAUAAAGUUAGUUUUUAUAUAUAGAUAUUACUAUUUUUGAAAUAGUUAUUAAUAAAACUUACGGAUCCCCGGAUAUCCGGACUAAAAAAUCAAUAUAUCCAGAUCCGGUUUUGAUGAGAUCCAACAUUUUACUAUCCGGAUCCGGAUUCGCUCCCUCCGGAUAUCCUGGUUUUUUGGAUCAAAUCUCGGAUCAAAUCUGGACCUCGGAUAAAAGUCUCAGGCCUACUUACUAAAUCCGAAUAAAUCCGGAUUCGGAUAAAAGUCUCAUGUCUACCUACAAUUAUGCAAUGCCUCUCCAUUAUAAAGACAAAACAUGCUAUUAAUAGAAUCACACGCAUUCGUACGUACUUUGUAGACAUCAUCAUACCCACGUGAACUGUAAAUGUUCAGUUUCAGUGUGGUUUUAAUACACACCAAUGAUCAUGACAAUCAUACAUGGCGAUACUAGGCUUCAAUACGGUAGAUUGCUACGAACAAUCAAAUACAUAUCGUAGACCGAACCAUCCCAAGUAUAUAUAUUUUUUAGCAACUCCCCAAGUAUAAAUUACACAUAAGAUAUUGCACAAUCUGACUAUAGAUUACCUCAAACUUAUACAAAAGUGUUGACGUACGAUUGACCUCUGCAAAAAUGCCAGAUCAUGUACUGGACAUUGGAACGUACAUUACAUAGUUUAUCAGAAUUUAUUCCUUCUCAACAAACCAAUAAUUCUCUAAACAGACGAAGUAAUCAAGAUGCACCCAAUCAGAUGAGCUCCAUUUUGUUUUGAUAACAAACUAUUUCCCCAUAGCAGACAACUGAAAUUGCACUAACCAGACUGAACAAAAUAAUAAUCCCUCCGUUCCUAAAAGAUAGACUUUUUUAGUAUUUUCACACAUAUUAAGAAAACACAUUAAACUACCAUAAUAAAUGUAUCGUUUUCUGUAAUUUUCAAUUUUCAAUAACUUUUAACCAAUACUAAUUCAAUAAAGACAAUUAAUUUUUUUGAAGUUUACAAUUUUUUCAUAGAAAACACAAAAAAUACAUCUUUCUGAAACAAACGUUUUUUUCUAGAAAGUCUAUCAUUAAGGAACGGAUGGAGUAUAAAUAACCAAAACAGUAUUCUUUUAAAAAAAAAAUCCUCUCUUCCCUAGACACAAUCAAACUAUAAAUCAAAACACCUUGUUAACCUAUAAUUCAUUCUCUUACUUCCUUCAUAUCUUCAACAAUCUUGAAAACCAUGGUUGUUUCGUUAAAGCCAAAACCAGUCACUCUUAAUAAUAGCCAAAUCUAUUUUAACCCAAAAUGCAAAACGAGUCCGGUUCUAGUCCCGGUUGUAAAUUUAACCGACCCAAAUGCCAAAACCCAAAUCGUAAAGGCUUGCGAGGAGUUCGGAUUCUUCAAAGUCGUCAACCAUGGGGUCAGACCAGAGUUUUUGACCCAGUUGGAAGAAGAGGCCAUCAAAUUCUUUGCUUUGCCACAGUCUCAUAAAGACAAGGCGGGUCCAUCCGACCCGUUUGGGUACGGUAGUAAACGGAUCGGACCUAAUGGUGAUGUAGGCUGGAUUGAGUAUAUUCUCCUCAAUGCUAAUAGUGAUACCAAAACCAUCGCCGUGUUCCGGCAAACCACGCCAACUUUCAGAGAGGUGGUGGAAGUGUACAUGGAGGAGAUGAAGGACAUGUCUAGCAAAGUUCUUGAGAUGGUAGCUGAAGAAUUAAAGAUAGAGCCAAAGGAGAAGCUAAGCAAACUGGUGAAGGUGAAGGAGAGUGAUUCGUGUCUGAGGAUGAACCAUUACCCGGAGAAGGAGGAGACUCGAGACAAGGAAGAGGUUGGGUUCGGUGAGCAUACAGAUCCACAGUUAGUGUCAGUGCUUAGGUCAAACAACACAGAGGGAUUACAAAUCUGUUUGAAAGAUGGGACUUGGGUCGAUGUUCCACCUGAUCACUCCACUUUCUUCGUUAUUGUCGGAGAUACUCUUCAGGUGAUGACUAAUGGAAGAUUCAAAAGUGUGAGACACAGAGUGCUCACAAAUACAAAGAGGUCAAGACUAUCGAUGAUCUACUUCGCAGGUCCUCCGUUGACAGAGAAGAUUGCACCAUUCUCAUGCCUUGCCCCAAAGAAGGAGGAUUGUCUCUAUAGAGAGUUUACUUGGUCUCAGUACAAGUCAGCUGCUUACAAGACUAAGCUUGGCGACUAUAGGCUUGGUCUCUUUGAGAAACAAUUUCCAUUUUCUUUUUCCGGUACUGUUUGAGCUUCUUUUUAUUUUAUUUUAGCUUAUAAGUCUGGACAAAAAUAACAGAAAAUACAAUAAAUUUUCAGUUUUUUUUUUCUAAUGUAUUGUAGUCAUCUUUUAGUAUUUUUUACUUUGUUUUGGCUUGCUCUAUACAAUGUUCACCUCCUUUUAAUA